UCUCUCGGGGGUGUCCGCAGCGCUGUGCGAGGCUGGCUCUGCUUCCAGCGGCUCUGAACGCUCUACAGGACUGGUUUGUCUUCGGGAGUUUCGCAGCCUGGUUAGUCACGGCAAGUGUGAGUCACUGAUGCCUCAGACAGGCUUACAGUUCCUGAUAAAGGUGAUCCCUGCGUAUUUGAGCCAGAGUUAUGGGAUUGUUUGACAAGUUAGCGGGAUGGCUUGGGCUGAAGAAAAAGGAGGUUCACGUUUUGUGCCUUGGCUUGGACAAUAGUGGCAAAACAACAAUCAUAAAUAAACUUAAACCUUCAAAUGCUCAAACUCAGGACAUCGUUCCAACAAUAGGAUUCAGUAUAGAGAAAUUCAAGACAUCGAGUUUGUCUUUCACAGUGUUUGAUAUGUCAGGUCAAGGGAGAUACAGAAACCUCUGGGAACAUUACUACAAAGAAGGCCAAGCCAUUAUUUUUGUCAUUGAUAGCAGUGACAAAUUAAGAAUGGUUGUGGCCAAAGAAGAACUUGACACCCUUCUGAAUCAUCCAGAUAUUAAGCACCGUCGACUGCCCAUUCUCUUCUUUGCUAACAAGAUGGACCUCAGGGAUGCAAUAUCAUCUGUGAAAGUAUCUCAGUUACUGUCAUUAGAAAACAUCAAAGACAAGCCCUGGCAUAUCUGUGCCAGUGAUGCUCUUAAAGGAGAAGGAUUACAAGAAGGUGUGGAUUGGCUACAAGAUCAAAUUACACAAUCAGAUCCAAGCAAUGAAGACAUGAGAGAGAAAUAAAAGAUGUAUGGCGAUAUUUACAAACUUUGUCAGUAGGUGUACAAGUUCCUUGGAAAGAAGAAUGAUUUAAAGAAAAUGAACAGUUCAGCUAAGAUAUACCGUGUUGACUUGUUUCCUCUUAGUAUCUCUUCCAGGAAAACUGAAUGUAGACAACAUAGCACCUCAGGUAUGCACAUUGAUGAAUUAAAUUGAAUCUUGUGACUGGAGAGCAUAUUUUAAAAAAAAUAUUUGUGUUAACAAUAAACACCUGCAUUCAUUUGAGUUUUAGGUAAUAAUUAGCCAUCAGGAAAUCCCCCUUUGUUUUUUUGGGGGGGCCACCUUUUCACCAAAUAGGAAUAUUUAUUUUCCUGAGAGAGAAUAAUCAGCACUUCCUGAAAUACAGCUGCAUGAGAUACCUGUUGAUUUGAGAUGCCCAUUUUUAGGUAUUUCUGCAAUAUUUUUAUUGUAAAGUUUGAUGUUGGGUUUUUAGUAACCAUCUACAAUAGGCUUCUAGAGGAAUAUUUUGAUUUAAGAUACAAGGAUUCAAAUAUUCAGUGUAUUUGUUAUAGAUGAUUGCAGAUGUUUUUAAGGAACUGCUUUUAAGGAAAUGUUAUGAAUUGUUUUUGUGAUAUGGUUGUAUUUGCAUUCCCAUCAAUAAAACUUCAAAUAUACAACA